UCUUAGAAAUAUGGGUGGCCCGAAAGAAACCUCUCAGCAAAUAAAUACCAGCAAGGAGUCAAAUGCAGCAGAGAGCAAACUGAAUGAUAUUCCAGAAGCAGCGCAAAAGGUUAAAAAGCACCUUGGGGAUAAAGAAGGAGAAAACAGAAUAGAGGGAACCAAAGAGAGAAAGAGGAGGAAACGAACUGCAAAAAAAGAAGAGACAGUGUUGGAGACCGGCAAUCAGUUAACCCCAGGACCUCUAUCUCAUAUUCCUCUGAAAAGCCUAAUGGAUGUGGAAGUGAAGUUAGUCUACCUCGAUGAGGAGGACAUUGCCUUUGAGUUUGCGGAGCCUGCGGUGUCCACAGGCACCCAAGGAGCCUGUCACAAUUCCGAAGAAGCAGAUGCUCCAAAUGCACCUAAUUCACCACAAAUUGACAAAUGGCUUCAGGUAACCUUAAAAGAUGCCAGCGGCUGCUACAGGCAGAAGAAGUACGCGGUGGCAGCGGGGCAGUUCAGGACGGCACUGGAGCUUUGCAGUAAAGGUGCUGCUAUGGGCAAACCCUUUGAUUCAUCUCCACAUGAUAUUUCCAGUGUUGCCAGUUUUAUUGAGACAAAGCUUGCAACCUGCUACUUAAAAAUGAGGAAGCCUGAUCUUGCUCUGAAUCAUUCACACAG